AUGAAAAAUAUGAAUAUAUUAAAAAAUACAAGUUAAAUCCUGAACUAUGGUGAAAACAACACAACAGGAGAAGGGGGCGGAAGAGAAGGAUAAAGAAGUUUCUAAACAAACGGAAAAAGGAAAGAGUAAAGAUGACGAUGGAGCAACACACGGAAAUAGUGAAAAAAUCAGAAGUGAUAAAAUUUCCUCUCAGAAUGGAGAAACUAAAGAAAAUGGAAAAGAAAAGUUGAGUAAGGAAACUGAAGAAGACGAAGAUAGGAAAAAAGAUGAGAACAAAGAUGAAGAAAUGGAAGUAGAUGAGAAGGAGGAUGAAGAGAAAAAGAGCAAGGACGAAGAGGUAGAUGGGAAGGACGGAGAGGAAAAUGGGAAGGACGGAGAGGUAGAUGAGAAGGACAAAGAAAAUGAAGAGAUCAUGGAUGCCGAAACAAAAGAGCUAAAAGAUCGUUGCACUGCGGAUCCAAAUUUUGCAGUGAUCUGCUCGUUUUUGGAGAAAUUUGGAGGAGCCUGUGGUGUUCCUUGUCCUACUAUUGCAGAACUAGAGGAGAUGCUUGAGAGUGGAGGGGAGGCUGGUGAAGACCUUGUCAUGUUCCACGUCAAGCUUCUCAGGAAACUUAAGAAGUCUGUUACUAUUGAGAAAUGGGAAAAAGGAUUAACCAGAUUCUGUUUUUCGUACUCCAACGAAGAUGGUUGGGAACUGGAUAGGUUUGGUUACAAAAGAGCAAAACUGAGUUUAAAGAUACGAGCAAUUAAAAACCUGUGUGAAGCUCAGUUUGACCAGAACGCUAAAUUCAAGCUGGAAAUGAACAAAUUGAGCAGUGAUGAUCUGAGAUUAAGUCCUCUAGGGAAGGAUAAACAAGGAAACUGUUAUUGGUAUCAAGUAGAUCAAGGAGCUAAUCUUAGGGUGUAUAAAGAGGACCUUGAUGAAGAAAGUUGGGAACUGGUGGCCUCCAGUAAAGAUGAGCUUGUAAGCCUUCUCACAAAACUCAAGGAUGGAGUUGCAGUGACCUCAACUGAGGAGGAUGAAGAGGAUGAGGAGGAUAUGACAGGGAUCGAGGAUAUUAUUAGGGACACGGGUCCAGUUCCUGAAAGUGCAGUCAAUAGCGGAGAUGUGAGCAGGGUCAACUCAGAGGACGAGGAUACAAGAUCUAGUCUCAUAGAGGACAAGAACAGAGCGGAGGACAGGAGAAAAGGAGAGGACAAGUGUAUUAAGACGGAGAAGGAGGAAGAAAAACAAGAGAUUAAGAAAGAGGAAGUUGGCAAGAAUGAAAUGAAGAAAAACGGAAAUGAUGUAAAGAAUAACGAUCUAGAAAUUAAAAAGGAAGAUGAAGAUAAAGAGAAGAUUAAAAAACAGGAGAAUGAAGCUAAGAAGAAGAAAGAGGAAGAGAUGAGUAUGAAGAAAGAAUCGGAGGAAGUGACAAAGAAGAAGAAAGAAGGGGAAGAAUUGAAAUUGAGGAAAGAGGAAGAAAUGAAAAAUGUAAAGCAAGAAGAUGACGAGAAGACGAAGAAAGAGGAGGAAGCUAAGAAGAUAGAAGAAGGAUCGAAACAGAAAAAAGAAGAAGAAAUAAUAAGGAAGGAUAAGAUAGAGUUGAAAAAGAAGAAAGAGAUACCAGAAUCUAAAGGUUGA